AUGAAGAAAAUUCGUCGAUGGCAGAGGAUUUUGAUCCUCUCUCUGCUAUCGAUAUCUGUGUUCGCUCCGCUUAUUUUCCUCUCGAAUCGGCUUACAAGCAUCACUCCCGUUGGUCGGAGAGAAUUCGUUGAAGAGUUAUCCAACAUUAGAUUCAGGAGAAGCGACCUUAGACUUAAUGCUAUCAAACAGGAGGAUGGAGAAGGCUUGAAGGGGCCAAGGCUAAUUCUCUUCAAGGAUAGGGAGUUUAAUUCUGUAGUUCGGUAUAAUUCGUCUGAUGAAAGUGAUGGCGUCUUCCAGUCGAAAGACAAAACAAUUGAUGGAAAUGAUCACAAAAACAGGGAAGAACAAAUAAUCGUUUCACAGCAGACGACAGAUCAGUAUUUAACAGAUAACGAACUUGCUAAUAAAACGGAUUUCAAACCUCCUGUAUCCAAGGGUGAAAAUAACACAAAGGUUCAGCCUGAUAGAGCAACAGAUGUGAAGAUAAAAGAGAUACGAGACAAAAUUAUACAAGCUAAAGCCUACCUGAAUUUCGCCCCACCUGGAAGUAACUCUCAGAUUGUGAAGGAGUUGAGAGCUCGAAUGAGAGAGCUGGAACGGGCUGUUGGUGAGGCGACAAAAGAUAAAGAUUUGUCAAAGGGGGCGCUUCGCAGGGUGAAACCCAUGGAAGCUGCAUUAUAUAAGGCUAGUCGUGUAUUUAACAACUGCCCUGCCAUUGCUACCAAACUUCGUGCCAUGAAUUAUAACGCAGAAGAACAAGUUCAGGCGCAGAAAAACCAAGCAGCAUAUCUAAUGCGCCUUGCUGCAAGGACCACCCCAAAAGGGCUUCACUGUCUCUCAAUGCGGUUGACAUCAGAAUACUUUGCCCUGGAUCCUGAGAAAAGGCAGAUGCCUAACCAACAAAAUUAUAACGAUCCUAAUCUCAAUCAUUAUGUUGUCUUCUCUGACAAUGUUUUGGCUUCUGGAGUCGUUGUUAACUCUACGAUAUCUUCUUCAAAGGAACCGGAGAAAAUAGUGUUUCAUGUUGUGACUGAUUCACUUAAUUACCCAGCAAUCUCAAUGUGGUUUUUGCUAAACAUUCAAAGUACAGCUACAAUCCAAAUCCUAAACGUUGAUGAUAUGGAUGUCCUUCCUUCAGAUUAUGAUCAGUUGCUGAUGAAGCAAAACUCCAACGACCCGAGAUUCAUUUCUACUCUAAACCACGCACGCUUCUAUCUCCCUGAUAUAUUCCCCGGUCUGAACAAGUUGGUUCUCUUUGACCAUGAUGUAGUAGUUCAAAGAGAUUUAAGUAGACUGUGGAGCAUUGAUAUGAAAGGGAAGGUGGUUGGUGCUGUAGAGACUUGUCAAGAAGGUGAACCUUCGUUCCAUUCGAUGAGCAAAUUUAUCAACUUCUCAGAUCCAUGGGUCGCUGGGAAAUUCAGUCCUAAAGCUUGCACGUGGGCGUUUGGGAUGAAUAUAGUUGAUCUGGAAGAAUGGAGAAGACGGAAGUUGACUUCUACAUACGUAAAAUACUUCAACCUGGGAACAAAGAGACCUUUGUGGAAAGCUGGGAGCUUACCAAUAGGUUGGUUGACUUUCUAUAGGCAAACAUUGCCGUUGGAGAAGAGGUGGCAUGUGACGGGGUUAGGUCACGAAUCAGGAGUCAAAACGGUUGAGAUUGAACAAGCCGCGGUUAUACACUACGAUGGGAUCAUGAAGCCGUGGUUGGAUAUUGGAAUAGAGAAGUACAAAAGCUACUGGAACAUACAUGUCCCUUACUAUCAUUCCUACUUGCAACAAUGCAAUAUUCACGCUUGA